UGGUUAGAAAUUUCUAUUGCUUUCAGAGAAGCAAAGAAGACCAAACGAGCAAACACCGCAGCACAGAGAUGGAGCACACAGAGGUAGCGAAGCCAGAAACUCUUGAUGAUCUGAUAAAGAUGCUGCAUGAAAUCUUUAAGAGUGACAACAUUAAUGUGGAGGAGGUCCAGACCCUCAUGGAAUCAUAUGAGAGCAAGCCACAGGAAUGGAAGAAGUUCGCCAUAUUCGACCAGUACAGGUACACGAGGAACUUGGUCGAUGAAGGCAAUGGGAAGUUCAAUCUGAUUAUUCUGUGCUGGGGAGAAGGCCAUGGCAGUAGUAUCCACGACCACACAGACUCCCACUGUUUCAUGAAGAUGCUGCAGGGCCAGCUGAAGGAAACACAGUUUGAGUGGCCAAAAUCCCAGGGGGACAUGGUCCAGAAAUCACAGAGGAUUCUACUGGAAAACAAGGUUGCUUACAUAAAUGACUCCAUUGGCCUGCAUCGGGUGGAAAAUGCCAGCCAUACAGAGGGCGCAGUCAGCCUGCAUCUGUACAGCCCCCCUUUCCAGACCUGCCAGACCUUUGACCAGCGGACAGGCCACAAGAACACGGUCCAGAUGACCUUCUGGAGCAAAUACGGAGAGAGGAUCCCAGUUGAAACCAAAAGGUCACAAGAGAACAACUAAGAUCACCAAAGGAGGAGACGGAGGAGGAUGAUUGUUGCAUUUAAAAUGACAAUGUUGUGUGACUGAGGCGAGGGAAACUGCAGAGGAGGUGAAAUGUGGACGUACUAUGACUAAGCAACCCAUUUAAAAUCAGGAGCGGGCCAGUUCAAAAGGACAAGCUAGUAAUUAGAAUGGCUUUAUCGCUGCCCAGUGUUAGCUUGGCAAAUACUGAUGAGCACAGGACGAAUGCAUGAAUAGGCUCGGCCACGGAUUGAAUCUGCCUUUUGUUUGCUAGGCCUGAGGAGACCCUUUUCCAAUAACAACAUUCCUGUGUGUCCAUGACCUGUGUAACCACACUUUUGUACUGUUAUGGCCCGUAGUUGAAGAGUAGAGCUUUAGCAUUUCAGAGGGGGAAAUAACUGUUAACAUGCUUCAAUUAAACAUCUUAAGAAAAGGAAAACCUUUUACAAUCAACAGUUUCUCUAUCAAUAGAGCACAUUUAUAGCUGUAUUUCCUGUUGAUUUGUGCCACUCAAAAAUGUGUAACAAAAUUGUGAUGAAAUGUAACAUAAAAUGUGUUUGUACAGCCUAAUUAGAAAAAAAAGGCGAUGGCAAAAAAUGUAAAGCUUUAGAGAUGCGUUGUUUUCAAAAGUGCGAUGUCUGUAAUUUAUUUGCAGAGUAUUUUGUUCAUGGGGUUAUGAAAAGGGUUUUAAUCAGCAAGCUACUUAGUGUCACUCCUAAAUGUGUUCAGACUCAAGCAUUAGGUGACCAUGAGAGUCUCGGGGAGGGAAGAUUUUGUAUUAUCUGCAGGCAGCGUGUUUUAGGACAAGACUCUCCUUUUCUCAGGAUUUUGGCCUAUUUUAAUUGUAGUUGUAUUUAUAUAGUUUGUAGUUUUGCCACAUAGCAUCACUUAUUGCGCGUCGGUUGCAUGCAUGAUUUAUAUGAUACAGUGAAUUAUAAAUUUGAAUAUGUGCACCAUUAAAACAACAUUACUCUUUCACAGAA